AUGUCGGUGCCGUUCAGCCAGAUCCUCCAAGAGGCCACAACCAACCCUGCCCAUGUUACGGGCUAUAGAUCGGGGACGGGCAAGGACUGGGCCAACCGAUACCCCCCUAUCACUAAUACCAGAUUGUCUGUGCACACUCGCGACGUUCCGGGGGCAGAUGGUACGGAAGCAACCGUCGCCGGAUGGGAAGCCAUGGUCCCGCGCUUUAGCGACGACCAGUUAAGGUCGAGCACGCUUGUUGAAAGACCCAAUCGGCGGCUUUACCGCUUCGACACCGAGUCUGACAUGGCUCUCUGGUUCCACACCGAGAUUUCAAACAUACGCGCACAAGUACAAGUGCCCCAGAUCUUCUGCCUCGACGGCGAGAUCCUGCUGCUGCUGCAGUUCCGCGCCGACACACCCGACCACAUCCAGCGAGAGGAUUGCCGGGUCGACUGCUGGGUCAUACCGCGGGAGAACGCGGCGGGCGGCUGCACGCUGCGCCAGGGUCUCCAUAACCUGCUCGUCCAGGGCUUCCGCCGCUGCCAGGGCUAUGCCGCGGCCCCGAACCUGUCUGUCAACCACUACACGUCGCAGUACCGCGAGUUUUUCUCGGGCCGGCCCGUCUUCACCCACGACAACGGAGCGCUCAGCUAUGAGCACCCCCAGAACGGGCACAACGAUGUUUUUGACCGCGAGGUUGAUGUCAACGACGGCUCCGUUUACUGGCGCCGGAAUGGGAAUUACUUGGUCCACGACACCGGGUCCAUUUGGGGGUGA